CAAUGGAGCAAAACCACAACCGCAGCUGCCACCGUCUGCACCACCACGAGACCGUCGGGGAGACCAAGGAGAAAAGAUCCAAGUUCUUUAUCAACGACCACCCGGACAUCCUCAUAGAAAUACUCAAACGCCUCGGCGGCCUUUCCCUCUGCGUCGCCGCUAGCGUCUGUCGUCUCUGGGGUGCCAUUGCUCGCAAUGACUCCCUCUGGGAAAACUUGUGCUUUCGACACGUGUCUCCUCCACCUUCAAGCGUGCGGUCCGUGGUUCUUGCCUUGGGCGUUUACAAACGCCUCCACAUGGGUUGCGUGAGACCGGUGCGGAGCCGCCUCGGACGAGUCAGGAGAGCUUCUUGGGCUCGCGACCAGGUCCAGCUCUCGUUGUCUUUGUUUUGCGUUGAUUACUACGAAAGGCUUGGUGGAAGUAAUGGUACCGGGAGACUCAUCGGGGAAUCCUCACCGUAG